GGAUUAGUCCGAUGAUAGUAUCUUUAAGCCAGAUACAAUAUAUUUUUCAAAAUGAAAUGUACGAGGUUGGCACUGCAGAAUCUGAACAGUAUGUCUCAGAAAACAUUUGGGGAAGUUAUGAGCAAUAAAUCUUCCUCAGGUGAAAGUUUCAAGGAGUUAACACCAAGGCCUCUAGGUUAUGAUAUCCUAGAAUCAAAAUUCAACAGCCAGGUAGGAGAACUUAAACAGUUCUUGAAAAAUGAAUCACAACUUGAAAAUACACAAUUUGGAAGUAAAGAUGAUGUGAUAAAAUUGAUGGACAAAUAUGCCACUUUUGGAUUUGAUUGUGGUGAAAAUUCAAAAGAGUCCAAAAAGAAUGAAGUUAUCAACAAGCAACUAAGUUUAGUCCAAAGAAAGAUGAUUAUGGCUGCAUAUGCGAAAGCAGGUAAGAAUAAAGGUGGGGACGUCAGAAUGGUGAAGAAAUCAGGCACUGCGCAAGCUGACAGAGUCAAAUUGGCGCUGUUGAUGAAACGUAAUUGGCCAUUGCUCGAGUAUGUUGCUAAGGAAAGUGGAAUUGAAAUUUCAAAGCAAGAAGGUCAGGAGAGCUGGGGAUUUGAGGAAGAGUUAAAGGAGGCUGAAAUACAUGAUAUAUCUGAGGAAAGUAAUAAUGAGAAGAAAAAUGUACCUACUUAUCGGAAGCAAGGUUCAAUAGAUGGACACACGGGAUUCAACUUACUCUUGAGGAAAAUAAACAAAGUCCAUCAGACAAAGGCAAUUCAUGUUUUACCACAAAUGACUGCAUUUGAAGCGCAUCCUACCAUAUCGCAUCUGAACUCACAUGUCGACAUUCCCGACUCGGAAGUUAAAGGCUUACAGGAAUUUUUACAAAAUGCAAAACAAGUUAGUGAAGAUCGAAACGAGCUGUUAUUCAAGGCAAAAAUAAACUAUGAGUGGUCUAAGAAUCUUCUAUCGGAAGAGCCACGUACGAUUGAAAACCAUAACUUUUUCACACCGGUUUGUGUGCCGAAAACUUUGAUCCCCAUUCAUGAAUACGGAUUGCAAAAAACCAUUGAGGCUCAAGAAGAGAUGAAACAAGGUCUUUUGAAGCUUGAUGCUGAAAAAUUUGAUAUCCUGAAAAUCUAUGCUGAUGGCUCAAGUGGUACGUUAGCAAAUGACAACUUUACCUAUUGGCAAGGAGACAUAGAGAACUUGUACACGAUUUUAUCCCGGCUACAGCACCCUAAAAACUUCAAAACAAAUUUACUCAAAUAUUUAAAAAUAGGAUGGGUCCCUGUAAGUUCAGAAGAAAGGGAAAUUAUGAUGGUGCGUGAUAACUCGCAAUAUCGUUACAAUAUAAUAAAGAGAGGGAUAGUCAUUGGUGUUGCAGGGGUUUGUGUCAUGCUGAGUGUCAUUGGGGUAUCCACGGGGCUGUAACAAAUAUUCCGUUCCAUAAAGUAUACAGUUUUAUAUGAGCAAAGUGCAAGAAGAGAAAAAAUAGUUAACUUUCCGCUACCGCUUACGACAUUUCCACAUCCUUCCCAUCCUCUGGGCUGCCUACUUUUUUUACUAAAGCACACUUGAUUGCGGUGAGUCCUCCAUGGCCUCCUUUCCAUAGUCUAAGUAGGUUCACGUUUGUAGCUGAUCGUAGAUCAGGCACUUGCCAACCUGUUUCAUACAUAUGGUUCUCUUGUUUGAGUCUGCUUUCUAGCAAUUGCUGCCUUUUGGAAGGUGGUCUGUCUGCUCUCCGUUCGCUUUUCAAGGUUUCAAGUUCGUCACGGUCUCUAUUGAUAAACGUCUCGAUUAAGCUUUUCAGAUCAUCGAGUUCGUAUUUAUCUUUCUCAAUCUCGGCUG